CGCGGAAGUCGGAAGCUACCACCUUGUGCAGCCGGGUUGGUUUGGCUGUGGGGAGAGCGCCGGUAAACUAGCAAAGCCGCUUUACAGUGACUGAGGGGCUGCUGUCUCCAGACGGAGAGCAGUAACCCGCCAUGAAUGCAGUGGCCUAUGAUGAUGUGCAUGUCAACUUCACUCGGGAAGAGUGGGAUUUGCUGGAUCUUUCCCAGAAGAAUCUCUACAAAGAUGUGAUGCUGGAAACCUAUAGGAACCUCACUGCUAUAGGAUACAGUUGGGAAGACCAUAAUAUCGAAGAACCUUGUCAAAGUUCUAGAAGACACGGAAGGUAA